AUGGCUAUUCGCCGUAAUUGUUUGUUGUUAAUUGUUGUGUUGAUAGUUGUUUGGGGUUCGCAGUGUGGCGACGCGUUUGGGACGUUUGGGUUCGAUGUACACCACAGGUACUCCGAUCCGGUGAAAGGAAUUUUGGACCUCGAUGGAUUGCCUGAGAAAGGUAGUAUGGAGUACUACUCAGCUAUGGCUCAUCGUGAUCAGUUCAUACGGAGACACGGUGGUCGCCGGCUUGCCGACACCGUUGACUCAUCACCGCUCACUUUCGAUGGAGGCAACGACACUUAUCGAAUCAGUGGUUUAGGAUUUUUGCAUUAUGCGAAUGUCUCGGUUGGCACGCCAAGUUUGUCAUAUCUGGUGGCACUUGACACUGGCAGCGACCUGUUUUGGUUACCAUGUGAUUGUACCAGUUGUGUACGUGGCUUGGUGCUGGGAUCCGGACAAAAGAUAGACUUCAAUAUUUACAGCCCUAAUACAUCAUCAACGAGCAUGACAGUUCCCUGCAACAGCACCAUGUGUGGACAACAAAGAAGACAGUGCUCUACGACAAGGAAAGCUUGUGCAUAUCAAGUUGUAUAUCUUUCCAGUAAUACUUCGUCUACUGGGAUCUUGGUAGAGGAUACGUUGCACUUAAUCACAGAUGAUAGCCCAUUAAAAGAUGUUGAUGCACAGAUUACACUUGGCUGUGGAAUAAUUCAAACUGGCACAUUUUUGGAAGGUGCAGCUCCCAAUGGUCUGUUUGGGCUUGGUAUGGAUGCUAUAUCUGUUCCUAGUGUUUUAGCAAGUCGAGGACUUGCUGCAAAUUCUUUCUCUAUGUGUUUUGGGCCUGAUGGACUGGGGAGGAUCGUUUUUGGAGAUAAAGGCACCUCAGACCAAGGAGAAACACCAUUCAAUAUUGGCCAAUUACAUCCGACAUACAAUAUCAGCGUGACACAAAUAACCGUGGAGAAAAAUGUCACUGAUCUCAAUUUCAAUGCAAUCUUUGACUCCGGCACCUCGUUUACUUAUUUGAACGACCCAAUUUAUACAGUUAUAUCAGAGAAAUUCAAUUCUGCAACCAAAGACAAACGCCAUCCACCUGAUUCCAGUCUUCCUUUUGAAUAUUGCUAUGACUUAAGUGCAAAUCAAACUACGAUUUCGGUUCCAGAUGUCAAUCUAACUAUGGAAGGUGGAACCCAAUUCUACAUUACCGAUCCAAUAAUAGUAACUAGUGUUCAGGGCGGUGGCUAUGUAUAUUGUUUGGGUGUUGUCAAAAGUGAGGACAUAAAUAUCAUUGGACUGAAUAUUGGAAGUGAUGAGAUGGUAAGCAUGAAUGAGAUGGCUGAGAUUGUCCUCAGCUUUGAGGACAAGAAUCUCCCCAUCCAUCACAUUCCUGGUCCAGAGGGUGUUCGUGGUCGAAACUCAGACAACACUCUCAUUAAGGAGAAGCUUGGUUGGGCCCCUACUAUGAAAUUGAAGGAUGGGCUGAGAUUCACAUACUUUUGGAUCAAGGAACAAAUUGAGAAAGAAAAAGCUCAGGGCAUUGAUCUAUCAAUUUACGGGUCAUCAAAAGUUGUUGGAACACAAGCUCCUGUUCAACUCGGCUCUCUUCGUGCUGCAGAUGGCAAAGAGUAA